GCGAGUCGUCGUGCUCUAACAAGUCCUAUCCCACCCACCCUGACGGCCCUCUCCUGCGCAAAUCAAACACCUUUUGACACUCGCUCAUCCACCAUCUUCAUUGAUAUCUGUGCCGUAUAUCAGCUCAAUAUCCCAUCAGUCAACCACACACAGUACCCUCGCCGUGCCCGCGUGACAACAAUCCACGGCAUUUUCACCCGCAGCUGUACGAUCUGUCCUCAAGCUUUCCCUUUGCUCAACCUUUAUCCUCUCCCAAAUCACCGCAUCCUCGUUUUCCCCAUCGAACGCUCCGGUGCCGGUUACCCUGAAACCUCCGAGCUGCGACAGUCUGUCAGUUGACGUUGAGUUCCUCGCCGGAUCUCAUGUUGAAGAAACGAAGACUCUGCUUGCCCUCCGCUCAACCUUCCAUAACGCUCCGAGUCGUCCCAGCCCCUCCGCCUCCCUCUCGUUGCGCUUCGGCUUCACAAGCAGAAAACUACACAAGUCCUACCGCUCUGCCGUGUUAGAUGGCAGAUGGUGCAUUCCGGUUCCAUCAGCCUGGAGCCGGGCAGUAUUACCCCACCCAACACACUUCGCAUCGGAAUCAGAAUCGAGCCACCUCGCCUUCUGGCGCACGGAGACCUUUCACCAACGACACUCCUUCUCCAUCGAGAUCGCCUGUGGGCCAUUCUGUCGCGCACAACUUCAACAUGUACUCCCAGAAUGGAUAUCAGACACAGCACAGUCUCAUGAAUGGAGCGCAAACCCAUCAGCGUUACGCGAACCUUCACCUGCCCAAAUACCAGCCACCCCAUCAUGGCCAUCACAAUGUCACUCAACACCACGGUCAGCACCAUCAUGCCGGGCAAUUAGGGCACCAGCACAAUCUUUCUGCUGGUUUUCAAUCUGGAACCCCUCAUUUACCCACCUACGCCCAUGAACAUCUCGCAAACGGAAACGGCAAUGGACUGCCGCACGACGAUGUGGACGAGCCGGACAAUGAUUAUUGGAGGGAACAAAAGCAGUUUUGGGAAGAAAGCAAAGAUCUCAACGGCCCAAACCAGCGAGCGCGCACUGUGGCGCAUCACUCCAAGGGUGUCAACUACGUCCCGUUAGGGGCGGCUGCGGAAGACCUUCAGACGGAUACCGCUCGGACAACCACGUCAAAUGGACAGUCUGCCAACAGGCAAACCUGGGAUGAGUUGGAUCUGGGUGGCCAGGGUCUUUGUGCGCUUUCGCCUGUGCUAUUCAAUCCGUCCUACCAUUUCUUGAAACGCCUCGACCUUGUAUAUAAUCAACUAGAAGCCCUGCCACCCGAGAUUGGACAAUUAAAGAACCUCGAGCACCUGGAUGUCUCUUUUAAUCAACUCACCGAAUUGCCAGAAGAGAUUGGCAUGCUUACGAACCUCAAGCAACUCCUCCUGUUCAAUAACCACAUUCAAACCCUGUGUUACGAACUCGGCUUUUUGUACAAACUGGAGGUGCUCGGCAUCUAUGGAAAUCCACUGGAGCAAGGGCAGCGCGACAAAAUCACGGAGGGCGGCACAAGGAAACUGAUUGAAUAUCUCCGUGAAAGCAUGCCAGAACCUCCACCUCCCCGAGAACGAGAAUGGCACCAAAUCGAGGAAAUCGAUGAGAAUGACACUUCCCAGGACACAAUCAAGGCACUGAACUACAAUAUUCUGUGCGACCGCUACGCAACGCAGCAGCAGUAUGGCUACGUUCCGGAGCGCGUCCUCACUUGGGGCUUCCGCAAGACUCUGAUCCUGGAAGAGAUCCGCGAAAUGAACGCCGACAUUGUCUGCCUCCAGGAAUUGGACCGGUGCAGCUACGACGAUUAUUUUCGCGGUGAACUUUCCAUAUCGGGAUACAAGGGAUACUAUGCUCAGAAGAGCCGUGCUGAGACGCUGGGUGACGCUGCUAAAUUUGUCGAUGGGUGUGGCACCUUCUGGAAAGACAAGAAAUAUGUGGUGCUGGAUACUCAACAUCUUGUCCUCGGAAGAAAGGCGGUGGAGCGACCUGGCGCCAAGGCGUCAGCGGACAUGCUCAACCGGGUCUGGCAGAGAGACGACAUUGCGACAGUUGUGUUCUUGGAGAACCGUGUCACGGGUUCCCGCGUGGUUGUCGUGAAUGCUCACAUCUACUGGGAUCCCGCAUACAAAGACGUGAAACUGAUCCAAGCGGCUGUCCUCAUGGAGGAAUUGUCUAAGCUCACCGACAAGUACGCCAAGUUUCCGCCGGCAACUAACAAGCAAGCGUUCCGCUUUUCCGAUUCAGAAGACGAGCCGCUACCGGACCCUGGGCCGUCAUUGUCAUAUACCUCUGGUCCUCAGAUUCCGAUGAUCAUCUGUGGUGACUUCAACUCGGGGGCAGGAUCUGCAGUCUACGAUCUCUUCACCAAGAAAGGUCUCAAUGCCGAGCAUGCUGAUCUGGAUGGCCGAGAUUAUGGCGCCUUCUCCCGCGCAGGUAUGUCACACAAUUUUACGCUCAAGUCUUCUUAUGCCGCAAUUGAUGGGGAAAUGCCGUUCACGAAUUACACGCCAAACUUUGUCGACGUCUUGGACUACAUCUGGUACUCGAGCAACUCUUUGCGCGUGGUUGGGUUGCUCGGGGCUAUCGACCCCGAGUAUCUUAAGCGGGUACCUGGGUUCCCGAAUUUCCACUUCCCGAGUGAUCACAUCGCGAUUGUGGCCGAAUUCAAGGUCGAGAAGCAGCGGAGUGCGCAGAAAGCUGUGGAAGCCGACUUCGGACCCUCGUCGAAGAAGUAGAGGCUCGUUCAGACACGGUCCGGCGGAUUUGCGAGGAUGUUUCGCUUGGGUUGAAGCUUACGUCGGCUGGGAAUGGAAGGGGUCUAGACGUAAUGUGAAGCAGCAUUUUUCGGGAAUACUGGUGGAUUUCGUACACGGGAGACGUCCAGGGGGGUGGUGCGAAGGUAAAUGGCACACAUGGGUCGACAAAGGUAUGGGAGCUGGAGUUUUGUGUGAGAUAUGUGUGCGGGUUUUCGGUCUCUCUGCUUUUGCAUGGCAUCUAUGCAAACUUUUGUCUCGAGUCAUUGGACAUCGAUGGGAAUCCAAAUAGUGCGCGCCGUCUUAUCGCGCGAUGGGGAAUGACAAUACAAGUUUGCAUUUUCAA